AUGCAAUCAAAAACGCGCCCAAUCCAAAAGUUUGCACAAGCAGUCUCAAAAUGCACUACUGAGGCUGCUGUCUACGGCCAGUGCAUCGUUGCCGACUACAACACAGUCUACAAAAACAAGUGCGCCAAGGAGUUCAUGAAGCUCAAAGAUUGCUACCUGGUACGACUUCCAGAGCCCCUUUCUGUUCCAACUAAACCAACCUUACUCAUGGAGCAGGUUGCGGCAAAAAAGAGAGGGUGGUGA